AUGUCCAAGUCUCUUGUCUUCAUCACCGGAGCAACUGGGUUCAUUGGCGCCCAUGUUGUGUCCGCAACCUUGAAAGCCGGAUACCGCGUCCGCCUGAGCAUCCGUAAAGCCGAACAAGAAGACGCCAUCAGAAAGCGUUACGCCGAAUUCAAUAAAGACAUUGAAAUCUUUCUGAUCCCAGAUCUGUCCAGUGUCGACAGCCUCAAGGCUGCGCUGGAAAAUGUCGACUAUGUCUUCCACAUCGCCUCUCCGAUGCCAGGAAGUGGUGAUGAUUUGCAACGCGACUACGUGACCCCAGCCGUGCAGGCCACUCUCUCAAUGCUCAAUGCCGCAUCAGCACACAAACAGAUCAAGAAAGUGAUCAUCGUGUCAUCUGCUCUUGCCCUGACUCCUGUCGACGCGUUAAUCGCGAAAAAGGUCAUAGUUAGAGAAAAUACCGGUGAAGUCAUACCUUUUGACCCUUCUAUGAGCUUCCCCGAAGGCCCCGGAGGCUACGGACUCAAGUACGCUGCCUCCAAAAUUGUGGCUCACCAAGCUACACGAGACUUCCUCCGCGAUGAGAAGCCCCAUUACAAGGUCCUCACCAUCCACCCGGUCUUCGUUCUCGGGGACGACAUGCUCCAGACUACUGCGGAGGGUCUUGCUGGAAUGAACAAGUUCUUCUACCAAUCGUUCUUCAGUGAAAAGCCCCAUAUCGGUAACGCGUGGGUACAUGUUCGAGAUGUGGCCGAUGCGCACGUGAAGGCCCUCGAGACUGAUGCCGAAAGUGGUACGGAAUUCACCCUUUCGCUACCCCAUGUAUCGUGGGAGGAUACGGCUCGUUUCGCUGAGAAGAAGUACCCGGGGCUGGGAUAUAAGUUAGAGCCUCCUUUCGAGGUUUCCUGGGAUGUUCAGAAUACUGCUGCUGAGCAAAUUCUUGGAUUGAAAUGGCGCUCGGCAGAGAAGAUUGUCGAGGAUGUUUUUGAUCAGCAGUUGGCGCUGCAAGCGAAGGUGGCUAAUUGA